AUGGCAGUACGAUUGAGGCUGUCGAGAUUUGGAUGUCGGAGCAAGCCAUUCUACAGAUUGAUGGCUGCAGAUAGCCGAUCUCCGAGAGACGGCAAGCAUUUGGAAGUCUUGGGCUACUAUAACCUCCUACCUGGUCAAGAUGGCGGCAAAAGAAUGGGAGUUAACUUUGACAGAGUGAAGUCACAUAUAGGAAUAAAUAUUCCUACACCCACCACCCAUGCUAGCAAUGGGACGGAAAGGAGGGCAACGAGACAUGCACCCAAUUGAUCCACUGAGUGGGCGUGUUAUGACAGAGGCCAAGCAAGUAAAACAGAAAGUUGACGAUGGUGAGAGUCAGAGUUGUUGACAUGUCAGGCCUGAGAUAUUAAGUUGGUGCUUGUUCACCUUUUUGUCAUGUAUGCCUUCCGUGAACAUGGACAAAAAAAAUGGUAUUUGUGCCACCUGUCUUGUGUUUAGUAGAUCAUAAUCAGUAUUACCUAGGUGAUUUGGUAGAUGUGAUUAUCAUGUAUGUUGUAUAUUUUUAAUUACUAAGCAGGAGAGAGCAAUCUUUCCCCUCCCUAGGCAGGUGAGCCAAGUACUAAAGUCCGUCUUGAUAUGAGGGAAUAAAAUUAGGAUGGAAUGAAAUGAAGGUAGGAAAUAAAAUGACAAUUUCUAUGCAUUGUCAUUCCAUUCCUUCCAUUAUUCCAUCGAACCAAGCAAUUGAGCAUAGGAAUCACGUUCAAUUCCAUCAUUCCAUUCUAUCACCAAGAGAAGGGGCCUAAGUUUUUUAAAGGGGGCUUCUUCAAAGGCCAUUUUUCUAUGUAUCAUAUUGUUUCAAAUUUGUUAUUUGGGUGAUUGGUGUUUAGCGAUAAUUUGUUUCAUUUUCCUCCGACAUGAUGAUUUUCGGUGAUUGUGGAAUACUUCCAAAA